UUAGCAGGAACUGUUGAAUGAAAAGGCAAGUACUGGCAAGUAUACUGCACUGCUGGUAUGCCGGUAACUCUAGUUAUGCUAGUGUUUAUUUUCAGCUUUUAUAUCUAUAUAUACAGUUUUAAUAUUUUAAUAUGUAAGUUGCUGAAUGAGUAGUGUUGUUGAAUCAGCAUUAGUACAGAUGAGCUUGACAAAAAGAGAAACCACAUCUACAUUUAAAUACAUGGAAACAAUUACAUAAUGCCCAUACAUGCUUAACAAAUAAUAAAAAACUCUGACUGAAAGUGGGCUAUUCGUUUAAUGUGCAGGGCUGGCCUUCACCUCGGUAGGGUGUGUCUACUGACAGCUGAUGUGAACUGUUUCAAUGAGGAACUGCUGGCCAGUUACAAGAAAGACUGGUCUGUUGAUUGUUCUGAUUUCAGCCUUGGAUUAUGCUGUACCAUGGAAACAUCAAUCCCCUCGCUUCUGCUGGUUCUGUGGCUCAAGAGUUUGCUGAACUGGCUGGUGGUCGUGGUGCAGCGACACUACAUGAUCAGGAGCUUCUCAGGAUUCUUCUGCAUUUCCUUGGCACUGAUUGACAGUCUCUUGAGUUUUGGCCUCGUGGCUAUUUUCUAUCUGGAAGACUUCAACAUCUCAGGCUGGCACUUCACCAGGUAUCACGUAUGCCUGCUGGCUCAGAUUGCUUGUUUUAUCUACGCCAUGCUCCACUGGCCAGUGUUCCUCCUUGUAGGACUAGACAACUUCUGGACGCUAUCAUCAAGCUCAACACACACAUCCUGGAAACAAAAGCUUACUUACAUAGCUGGAGUGUGUCUCCUUUGGAUUCUAGCAACUUUGUACGUUUUCUGGGAGCCUGAUUUUGUUCUGUUGUUAGAAUAUGUUGAGAAGCACCAGUGCGAGCUGUUUAGUAGAUCUCAGAGCUCUCAGGUUCUCGUAGCAUUGUUACUGAUGGUCACCUGCGUCAUUCUUUACUCGUAUGCUCCGUUUGAGAAAUGGAGGGUGCAGGUGUUUCUGCAUUCCACUCAACAAAGCUGCUUGGUUUGUUUAAGGCGGGCCAUGCAUACGUUCCUCAGCACGUGGGCCUCGUUUCUCGUUCUGAUGAUCAUCUCGCCGCUGCUGCAGAUAGAGAUGCACGCGCACCUGCAGCUGAACGCCAUCUGGGUGUGUUUCGUCAACAGCUUUUUCGUCGCUUUGGCUCUGUGCGGUCGCUCUAUUACAUCGAAUUCCAAGAAAAUCGACACCUUUACAGAUGGUUUUUGUUCCUGGUACUUUUGCUUUACAUAUGGAGCUGACGAGUGGAAUUAUGGACAACAAUCCAAUGACCGCACUCAAGUUAAAACACUAUAUCUCUGACCAUGUUUACUUCGGAGAAGGCGUUUUUCUUUGCUUUCUUGUUUGCAUUAAAAAAAAUUGCAAAUAAUUUUGCUUAACUGAUUCGUCUCUUUACUAGAAAAAUGUAUAUUGGACCAGCACCUUUUAGAAGACUACUGAUGUAAGAAUUAUGUGAUUUCUGCUUCAAAGGUAGAGCUCAAAUUGUUUUCCGUCUGUAUGCAAAUAACUGGACCCAUGAAAAUUACAAGGAAG